AUGCUCCUCGCCCGUGAGGGUGACCCAGACGCCCUUGACAUUCCGACUCCUCGCACUUACGCUGAGGCAGUGUCAGGGCCUUGGGCCUCUCAAUGGAGAGCUGCCAUGGACGCAGAGAUGGCCACAUACAGAUCCACAGGCACCUACGUCGAUGAGGUUCCCCCUCCUGGGGCGAACGUAGUCGACGGCAUGUGGAUCUACAGGGUGAAGCGGCCACCGGGAUCUCCCCCGGUCUUCAAGGCGCGUUACGUGGCUAGAGGUUUUAGCCAGCGCGAGGGAGUUGACUUCUUUCAGACCUUCGCACCUACCCCGAUUAUGACCACUCUUCGGGUAUUACUACACGUAGCAGCACAGAGAGACUACGAGUUACACUCUCUCGACUUCUCCACUGCUUUCCUUCAGGGCAGUCUUCACGAGGAGGUCUGGCUGCGUUGUCCCUCUGCCUUCACUGGCACCUUUCCUCCCGGGACCCAGUGGAGGCUGAGGCGACCUGUCUACGGUCUUCGCCAGGCCCCUCGUGAGUGGCACGACACUCUGCGUUCUACCCUCUCUGACCUUGGGUUCCAGCCGUCUUCUGCCGACCCGUCGCUGUUCGUUCGUCGCGGCUCCACACCGUUCUUUGUUCUGGUCUACGUUGACGACCUCGUUUUCGCCACUGCUGACAGGGUUGCUUUGGCAGACGUGAAGUCCGAACUGCAGAAGAGACACACCUGCACUGACCUUGGUGAGCUGCGCCACUACCUUGGCCUGCAGAUCACCAGGGACAGAGCUGCUCGCACCAUUACACUUUCACAGUCACACAUGGUGUACCAUGUCCUUCAGCGGUUCGGGCUUCAGCACUCCACAGUACAGCGCACACCUCUUGCUGUUGACCACAGACUCACUGGACCCUUUCCUGACGAGCCGUUUGAGCCUAGUGGUCCCUACGCAGAGCUGGUGGGUUGCCUCAUGUACCUGAUGACUUGUACUCGCCCGGACCUCGCCUUCCCUCUCAGCGUCCUUGCGCGCUUUGUUGCGCCAGGGAGACACCGUCCUGUUCACUGGACAGCAGCUGUGAGGGUGGCGAAGUACCUAGCGACGACUAUUGGUGUAAGGGCCUAA